AUGUCAACGGCGGAAUUGGUAGGAGCGUGUGUGGAUCCCUCGUCGGUUAAAUGGAAUAGUCGAUUCAAUUGCGACGAAUGCAUGGAGGAGGAUGCGCGAGGAAGUCUAGAUUCACACACCCCCAUCUUCCCUAGUUUUUGUUCUGCAGGUGGAUGGAUUACCUUGUCCUACAAGAUUGUAGGUUGUUGCUGGUUAGAGGCUGACGUGCACCCUUUGGUGGCGUCCUAG